AGAAUCAACGAGCUGUAAGAAAAUGGCAGACGAGCCGGACAUGGGGGAAAUCGCCAGCUUCCAUAAGGUCAAGCUGAAGAAAUCAGAGACCCAGGAGAAGAACACCCUGCCGACCAAAGAAACCAUGGAACAGGAAAAGAGGAGUGAAAUCUCCUAAAAGCCUAGGAAGGUUUCCCCACCCCACCCCUUCAUCUCCAAGACCCCUUCUUGAUGUGGAGGAAGAGCCACCUGCAAGAUGGACGCGAGCCACAAGCUGCACUGUGAACCCGGGCACUCCACGCCCAUGCCACCGGCCCGUGGGUGUCUGAAGGGGACCCUUCCCCCCACCCCCCACUAAUGGGACUGCCAAAUUUCACCGGUUUGCCCUGGGAUAUUAUAGAUAGUUAUUUGUAUGAUUGAUGAAAAUAAAACACACCUUGUGGGGGAAAAAAAAAGACAGACAGACACAGAAACACAGAGAGACAAACAGAGAAAAACAGAGAUCAGCAGAUAACCGAGAUUCUUAAGGGUAUGACAAAGUUAUUGAGACUGGCUGAUCAGAGAAACUAACUAGUCGCUUUUAAAAAUAAAAGACAAAGUAUUAGGAAUUUGAAGAUCUCCACCCGUCUGUUACUCAGUGCUACACAGUGCCGUCUCUACACUCAUCUCUCACUCUCCAUAAGCCGGAAGGCACUUGCUACAGGGAGAGGCGGUGGACAUGAAAGAAUCGGCUAAAAGAAAUGAUGACUGAAUUAACAUGGAUUGAAUCACCAGAUUUCAAAUACAUUAAACGACGGCAAAUCCUUGAAAGGUUUAAAAUUUUGAAACCCUGAGAGCUGGCAGUAAAUUUCCUGUGUCAACAUCCA